UUAGUGAAAUGGACAAACAGCAACAUGCUUGAUAUACGUAUGUGAGUAAUUGUGUUUCCUUAGAUUCUGAAAUUUUAGCUUAAGUUGUUUUGAAGACUAUCGCAUGGUACUAAUUUUUAGUAUUAUCAAAAUUGACAUAAUAUACGCUCUAGUUUAUGUAUCCUUAAAUUUCAACUUUAUAAAAUGCUCUUUAUUAUGAAAAAAGAAAAUCUAAUUAGCCAUUGAACAUGUUUUCUAAGGCUUAUUACAGGCUUAUUCUCUUAUAUUUUUUAAGAUGUCAUGGUUGUAGUGAUGAGCUGUUUUUAUUUGGGGGGUAAUUCUGAUCAGAUUAAUGAAUAAUUUCUGUUUUUUGAUAUUUUUCAGGUCAGUGCUAUUGAAUAUGAGACGAUCUGUAGCACCAAGUCAGUUGCAGGGGAAUCCCUUGAAAAAGCCAAGAUUUAUACCACCAGGAAGAAGUAAUCCAAGUCCAAAUGAAGAGAUUACAAAGCUGAGUCCAGAUGUAAAAUUAUUUGAGGUGGCUGCAAAUAAGUCACAAAAUGAUUCCAGAACAUGUAGUUUAAGUCUUCUGCAUACUAAAGAGAAUCCUAGAGAAAUUAAUCACGGGGAUAAUUACAGUGGAAAAUAUUGUUCUGAAGCAUCUGCAAUGCCAACAUUAGAUCCACCUCAUACAGCUCAUUCAGCCCCAACAGAACUGACACUGUCCAAGGCAAAAGAAGAGGAACCCAAUAAUGUAGUUAAAUAUUUCAGUGUUGUUUGGUGUAAGGCUUCAAAGAAAAAACACAAAAAGUGGGAAGGUGAUGCUGUUCUUAUUGUAAAAGGCAGGUCACUUACAUUAAAGGAUUUGGAAGGCAAAGACAUUGGAAAAGGCAUUGGAUAUAAAUUCAAAGAUCUUGAAAAGAUUGACGAGGGUCAAACACUGAUGAUUGGUGGAAAAGAAAUAGAAAUUAUGGGUAUAAUCUCUUCAGAUGACUUCAAUAGUGGCAAGUGUUUUCAGCUUGGAGGAGGAAGUCCUGCUGUCUCAAGUUCUUCUCAGGUUGCCAAGAAGUGUUUCUCUAACCCCUUCAAAAAUGUCUGUAAACCAGAUUCAAAGGAAAAUAUACAGAAUGAUUUCCAAAAUUGCAAACCACGCUAUGACCCAUAUGCACCAAAUUCCCUUGUUAUGCCACGUCCAAACAAGAAUCAUCAGUGGAUAGCCAAUAAGAACUGUUGUCCUCUUGUGGAUGUAGUGAUAGAUCCUCACCUCGUAUGUCAUCUUCGACCACAUCAGAAAGGAGGAGUCAUAUUCCUUUAUGAAUGUGUGAUGGGAAUGAGAGUGGAUGGCAGAUGUGGAGCUAUUCUUGCUGAUGAAAUGGGUUUAGGGAAAACAUUGCAAUGUAUUUCGCUCAUCUGGACACUACAGUGUCAGGGACCCUAUGGAGGCAAACCAGUAAUAAAGAAGACACUUAUUGUCACACCUGGAAGCUUGGUGAAUAAUUGGAGGAAGGAAUUUCAAAAAUGGCUGGGAAGUGAAAGGAUCAAGAUAUUUACUGUUGAUCAGGACCACAAAGUAGAAGAAUUUAUCAGAUCUCCAUUAUAUUCUGUUCUUAUCAUCAGUUAUGAAAUGUUACUUCGUUCCCUGGAUCAAAUUAAGAAUAUCAGAUUUGAUCUUCUAAUCUGUGAUGAAGGGCAUCGUUUGAAGAACAGUGCCAUUAAGACAACGACAGCCCUCAUUAGCCUGUCUUGUGAGAAAAGAAUAAUUCUAACUGGUACUCCAGUUCAAAAUGAUCUGCAAGAAUUUUUUGCAUUAAUUGAUUUUGUAAAUCCAGGCAUAUUAGGCUCUUUGUCGUCCUAUAGAAAAGUAUAUGAAGAACCCAUCAUUAUAUCGAGAGAACCUUCUGCUUCUGAGGAGGAAAAGAAUUUAGGAGUGAGAAGAGCAGCUGAACUUACUCGCCUCACUGGACUCUUUAUCCUUAGAAGGACCCAGGAAGUCAUAAAUAAAUAUCUUCCACCUAAAAUAGAAAAUGUAGUCUUUUGCCAGCCAGGAGCACUACAGAUUGAACUUUAUCGGAAGCUAUUGAAUUCUAAGGCUGUCAGGUUCUGUCUUCAAGGGUUGUUGGAAAAUAGUCCUCAUCUAAUAUGUAUAGGAGCUCUUAAAAAACUGUGCAAUCAUCCCUGCCUUUUGUUCAAGUCUAUAAAGGAAAAAGAAUGUAGCCCAACUUGUGAUGAAAAUGAAGAAAGGAGUCUGUAUGAAGGCUUGAUAAAUGUGUUCCCUGAUGAUUACAAUCCUCUCAUGUUUACUGAGAAGGAGUCAGGAAAACUACAAGUGUUGUCAAAGCUCUUAGAAGUUAUCCAUGAACUUCGUCCUUCUGAAAAGGUGGUGUUGGUAUCUAACUACACAAAAACCUUGGAUAUUUUACAAGAAGUAUGCAAGCGGCAUGGAUAUGCUCAUACAAGGCUUGAUGGACAAACACCGAUCUCUCAAAGGCAGCACAUUGUUGAUGGCUUCAAUAGUAAAUACUCUUCUGAUUUUAUUUUUUUGUUAAGUUCAAAGGCUGGUGGUGUAGGGCUUAACCUUAUUGGAGGAUCUCACUUAAUUCUCUAUGACAUUGAUUGGAAUCCAGCCACUGAUAUCCAGGCAAUGUCUAGAGUAUGGAGAGAUGGACAAAAGCAUCCUGUACAUAUUUACAGACUUUUAACCACAGGUACAAUAGAAGAAAAGAUCUACCAGAGACAAAUCAGUAAGCAAGGUCUUUCUGGGGCAGUUAUGGACCUGACCAAGACAUCUGAACAUAUUCAGUUUUCAGUAGAGGAACUUAAAAAUUUAUUCACUUUACAUGAAAGUUCACAUUGUGCUACUCAUGACUUGCUUGACUGUGAUUGUACAGGAGAAAAAAAUCAUACAGAUGAUUCUUUGGGAAAACUCUCUGUAUCUAGAAAUUGUCAGCUUGGUCCACAUCCCCAGAAGUCUAACUCCCUGAAACCUCUCUCCAUGUCACAGCUGAAGCAAUGGAAACAUUUUUGUGCAGAUCAUCUAAACCUUCCAGAUCCUUUUCUUGAAAGAAUAAGAGAAAAUGUGUCAUUCUUUUUUCAGAAUAUAACUAAUCAAGCUACUGCUGUAUAAUGAAAGAAGAUCACUUCAUGACAUUCCCUUGGGAGUCCCCCCUGGAAAUUAAGUUAAUAUAGAGAUAUUAAUUUAGUAAUUAAACGUAAUUUUUGAAAAUUAACGGGAGUAUUUGUGUUAGAAUAAUAGGUUUUGUUGCAAAAUGUAUCAUAUAGUUUUGAUACAGUAGCCAAAAUUGAGAGCUGUUUAAUUUUUUGUGUCUAUUUUUAAAUGAUGAAACAAAACAUUAAAGUGCUUCCAUCAUCGUACAGUUGUUAAUUAUUAAUAAUUCUAUGACUAAUACACUUUUAAGUAAGUACCUACUAAGGAAUUUUUAUGGAGUCCCUGGUUGGCAGUUCGAAUAGACCCAGAGAUGCCUCGGG